AAGAAGAGCAAAAACCCCUCUCUCAUUUCUUGCAAUUUCCCAAAACCCCAUUCAAAAAUUUGUGUUACUACCAAAAUCUUCAAUAUCUGGGCGAUCUAUCUCCUCCAAAGUCAAUUAAUUUUUGAUUUGGGAAGUUCAAAAUUAUCAUCAUCAUCAAAUAAUCAACAACAAAAGCAAAAAAAAACCCAGAAAAAAUGGCAACAAUUUCAUCAAUCCUCCCAUGUCAUGGUCUCCUUCAACACUGUUCAUCAUCUUCUUCUUCUUCAAAACCCAAGUUUUCAUCGCAAAAUCUGGUCCAAUUGCAAUCUUUUAGCAAUGGGUUUGGUCUAAAAUUGAAGACUAGAGUCUCAACAAAUCCGCCAUUGUUGAAGGUUCGAGCUGUUGUAACUGAAGAAACAUCUUCUUCAUCUACUGCAUCAUCAUCUUCAGAUGGAGAAGGAGCUCGUAGAUUAUAUGUUGGUAACAUUCCAAGGAAUCUCAAUAAUGAUGAGCUUCGUACUAUUGUUGAAGAGCACGGUGCUAUUGAGAUAGCUGAGGUGAUGUAUGAUAAAUAUUCUGGAAGAAGCAGAAGGUUUGGUUUUGUGACAAUGAAGACUGUUGAAGACGCGAAUGCAGUGAUUGAGAAAUUGAACGACACAGAAAUCGGUGGGCGUAAAAUCAAAGUGAAUAUUACUGAGAAACCGUUAGAAGGUAUGGAUAUAGCAACAACCCAGGCAGAGGAUUCACAAUUUGUUGAGAGUCCGUAUAAAGUAUAUAUCGGUAAUCUUGCAAAGACAGUGACGAAUGAGUUGCUAAAGGAUUUCUUCUCAGAGAAAGGGAAGGUUCUCGGUGCAAAGGUUCAACGGACACCAGGGACCUCUAAAUCUAAUGGUUUUGGGUUUGUUAGUUUCUCAUCAGAAGAGGAAGUUGAGGCUGCAAUUCAAGCUCUCAAUAAUUCUGUUUUGGAAGGACAAAAGAUACGCGUCAACAAAGCCUAGAUUAGUAUCAGAGAGUUUACUGUGUUACUGUUUUACUACUAUCGACAUCUUCGUGGUAGCAAUCAGCAUCUCCUCUUUAAGACAUAGCUACAAUUUUUGCUUAACAGUAAUAAUUCUCACUUACCGUUUUAAUGGGAAAAAAUUAGCCUAUUGUUUGCACGAUGAUGCUUUAAAGAAGAUGUUUGCUUAAUAGUAUUAUUUUAUACUGUACUAGAUUUGUGCCUUCCUGUGUUUUUGGCUUGUUGGGGUUGUAUUUUUGACGUGAGCUCUAUCUUAUAUUAUGUGUACUUGGCAACUAAGUGUCAAUGCUGCUAUCUUUUUUAUUGGA